CCGAAACGUAACAUGACCACCGUGAUCUCUAUAAAUCUGUCCAAACCAUUUUCCCUUAACUCGACUGCUCAUGACGCUUGGGCUGCUUCUUGCUCUCGUGUAUGGAGCGAAGGCGCAUUCCUGGUGCGAGGCCAAGGGAGGCAGCUGCUUAGGGCAGCUUCAUCGCUUUGAGAAGCAAGAGACACCAUCCCUGGUGCCAUGCAGUCACGAUGCGUGGUUUGGAACCCGCCACCAUCACCAAGUUUCUUUGCGCUUGGCAGAUUGGGAUGGUGACGGGGACGUCGACUUCUUGUGCGGCAAGACGCAGAACGGCACCACGAUCACCUUGCAGGAGCAGCUCCCGGAUGGUUCUCUCCAAUCGCUUGAGUUGCUUCGUAGCACAAUGGCGCCAUGGCACGACAUGGACAUUGAAGUCGCUGACUGGAAUGGUGAUGGGAAGAUGGACUUGCUUCUUUGUACCGAAGAAGCUGGCUCAGUCACUGUGAGUUGGCUCGAGCACUCCGUGAAGCCGUGUUUGGAUGCCGACGUCAAGCACUUCUUGUUUGUGAAUGGAUCGGAAUGCAAAAUGCACACAUUGCAGGCGGUUGACUUUGACGAGGAUGGGGAUGUGGACCUCUUUCUUGGGCAAAGGUACUUCGAGCGUAUCUCGAACGACACUUUGAUCGAACGUGUCGCCGAUGAGAAUCCGAUCAGCAUCUUUGAUGGAAAAAUGAAGUAUAUCAUUGACAUGGAUGGUGACGGCAGCGUCGAAGUGCUAAUGGACGGAUGGGCUAAGGGUAGACAUCAUCGCCUCCGCUACUUUCGGCGAGCUGCUGACGGCAGCUUUAUUGAGUCUCCUGAAAAUCCCUUUGCAGACAUCUCGGUCACUGUUCCAGGAGGGUACUGGGAGGACAUGUCUUUGGUUGAUUGGAAUUCUGAUGGGUUGCCAGACAUUCUGCUUUGCGGCUUCAUGGUUGACUUGGGAUAUGUUGGUGCGGGGCAUUUUGUGCGUUAUGAUCAACAUGUUCUUGACCUGGAUCUCAUUCACAAUUCUCAGAUGGACAGCUACGCGGAUAUUGACCUUGGCGGAAGACCAGAGAUGAAAUGGCUCAGCGUUGGAGACUGGAACGGAGAUGGUUUUCUAGAUGUGGUGGUGAGUGAAAAAGAAGGAAUCUUUAAGAGUGAUAUCCAGCGUGGAGAAUCGCCACAGCCCAAGUUGUAUGAGAACCGUCCUGAGGCAGCCAGCGAAGUGGUUAGGGCUUUUGAAAACGUCACAGCCACUUUUCUCGUCGAUUACCCCAACACCAGCUAUUGGCGGACCAGUGACUAUAGGACUGCAGUUGCAGACUUUGAUGGGGAUGGUGAGCUAGAUCUCAUCAUAUUAUCGGAAGCUGAUGGAAAGCUCCACUACCACCGAAAGAUCUCAGGCAAUCUACAAGCUGAAGAGCCAAGGCAUUUAUUCAGCAACAUCACAACCGAGAAGAAACAAAAAAGUGUCGGUUUCUAUUUGGUGCAGCCUAUUCCCGUGGACUGGGACAAGGAUGGUGACAUGGAUUUGAUUCUGGGCUUUCCAGAUGGUCGUCUUUUUCAGCAAGUGAACGGCACGUUGCAAGAGUGGCCACUCGAGCAAAGUCCCGUGAGAAAUUUGUUGGCUGAAUUAGAUGAGUUUAGUCGUGGUAAAUGGUGGUGGGACGAGUAUGACAUCAUCCGGGUGACUAAAGCAUCCGUGUGGAGAUUCGUGGAUUGUGAUGGCGAUGGAGAUAUGGACAUGAUUCGACUCAAACCAUGGUAUGAGAAGCCCUGCUGCGUAACCUACCCCAUUAAACACCAGGGUUUGCAGGCGUGUGAGCAGACUGCAGACGGGAUGCGAUGUGACGAUGACUUCUUGUGCCUGGGAACAAACCUGAGCAAUUUCAAGGGCGACUUCGGUGAUGUAGUGACCUUCGAUUUGGGAGAUGUGGCUGAUGGCCGUCUUAGCUUACUUGCAGCAAACAAUAACAGCAAGAGUGUGUUGCAGUGGAGUGCAGGCUUUUGCACCCCCAAAGGCGCAUGCUAUGACAAGGGUUUUUGCUUGCGGCGACAGAUGAAUUGCAGCUGCAUCGCCGGGUAUGAGCUGGGUGAUUGUUCUGGCUGCGAGCCCAACUUUCACAGCCUGCCGCAGAAACUGGGGCAACUCCACAGUUGCAGAGCCUGCCCAGGAAAUGGAAUGGUUUGCCAUGGUCGCGGUUCAUGUUUUGAUGAUGCUGCAGCCAAACGUGAACCACAGGAGUCCACAGCCGCUUUGACAGCGAAAGGCAAUGGCUCAUGUGUUUGCCAUGAGGAGCAUUUCUUCGGAAGUGAUGAAGAGGGUCGAAUUACUUGCGUGGAUGGCAACUGCCCAGCUGGCAGUGCGGAGAAUGAUGGAAGGUGUGAACCCUGUGAUGCAGGUGCGUUCUCUCUUGAAGGCGGUGCUUGCAAGAAGUGCAGCCCUGGAACCUUUAGUCUUGCAGCCAGCGGCACCUGUUUGGCAUGUCCUCGUGGAACCAUUUCAUCGACACCGGGGGCUUCAGCAUGUGAGGCAUGUCCAUCUGGAAGGUAUGAGUUUCAGCAACAAUUCUGCAGCGAGUGUCCGGCUGGUUUUGCUUCCUCUUCCGGAAACAACUCAUGUAGCAAAUGCCCAGCCGGCUAUUUCGCACCAGAGCCUGGAAGCAGCACAUGUGUUCCAUGCGCCCUCGGCCUUUUCUCGUAUGAGGGCAGCGCCACGUGCAGUGCCUGUCCAGCUGGAAAGUUUUCCACUGGUGCCACCUGCAAGAACUGUGAGGCGGGACAUUACGCACCAGAGCGAAGUAGCACUUGCCUCCCGUGUCCUGGAGGCCUCUUCUCCGAAGAGGGAAGUGCCAAAUGCAUCGCCUGUCCAGCAGGCAGCAUUUCAGUCGCCGCCAGUGGGGGUUGCAGUGAAUGUGAAGCCGGCUUUUUUGCGAAAGAUUCCAUCACAUGUGAACCCUGCCCUGGUGGAACCCGUUCCAGCGCAGCCAGCAGUACAUGUCAGAGCUGCCCAGCAGGUGAAGUUUCAAGUCCAAAGAGUGCAGUUUGCACGAGCUGUAAGGGGGUUCUAGUGCGAGCCACUCCGGAUUUUGCGAAGCAAAGCUGCCAGAUCUUGGCUUUGGAUGUGGUCCUAGUGCUGAUUGCCUGGAUCGCGGCAGCUUGCUUGUGCUUCCUUUGUUUGACCGGCUUCGCAUAUGGAAUUCCUGUAGCCGAUGUUUCUGCACAAGGUGCGAAAUUGGUGGUGACUACCUCCCUGGCUCACUUCCUUUUGACGUGGGCACGCCCGGAGGUCACCUUCAGUGGCACAGGGGUGCCUGACUUGGAUUCGAAACGCUUCUCGGUGAAGCCUUUGAGCUCAUUUCAGCUGACGUUGUCAGCGUCUGAGUCGUCAUUGGACACCUCCAUGGGACACCUGCACGUGAAGUCCUUGCGGGGGUUUCUUGUGAUGGGUUUCUGGCGCUGUCCUCUCAUUGGCUGGUGCAUUCUCUUUCUGGGCGUUUUCUCAGCAAGCAUCAGCCAAAUCAGCUGGUCGUUAACCCUGGUGGUCUCCUCCCUCGGGAUGUGCACUGGCGCGUUGGCCUUCGCACUGAGACGGAGGCAAGGUCGCACGCCAUUGGUGAAGCGCUACCGGCAAUUCUUCAAGGAGUGGCCUUUGGCGCUAGAAUGCUCCAAUCGCGGGCCCGAGCGUUCCAUGGCUGCCGGACAGCUGCAGGAUUUUAUCCAGUUCUUCGAGACCUUCAUCAAGGACCGAUCAAUGUACUACGUGUGCUCGAACAUCAUCAAGCCGCUUACAGAGCCGUACCAACUCUCCUUCGUCGAAGUGGUGGGCUCGACCAAGAUGGAGUGGUUCGUGAGUCACUAUUGGGGAAUGUCCGUCCGGCAUUUUGGGGAUGCCAUCCGCAAGCAUGCCCUCUCCUAUCGGGAAGCAUGGCGAGAUUCCGGCUAUUGGAUUUGUACUUUUAGCAACAACCAAUGGCGUGUCGAGGAAGAGCUUGGGCAAGGCAAUUGGCAACAGUCUUCGUUUUACCUUGCCCUGCAAAGUCCAGAUUGCCAGGGCACCACUAUGAUCAUCGACGAGCUGCUAAGGGCCAAGAAGAAGAAACACGCGUGUUUGUUUUUUCACACAGUUUUGCAUACAAAAACCGCCUUUUAGGGAAAUAUGGUGAAAUAUGACAAGUGUGUUCGUUUUUUUGUCCACCUAUGACUAGGCACCAAGAAAACAACAACAGAAGGAUCCUCCCGUACAGUACCUAUUCCUCGUGCUGUUUUGGCAGCACACCUAUUUGUGUUUGGCGCAAAAGUGACGCAAACCCCAAACCAAUGUGUUGAGCCAUAGCAAUAUCAUUAAUGUCUUAGGUGCUCCAUGCUUCUACAAGCAACAUAUUUGGGACCUGACCGACUGUUUUGCCACCCAAAGCUCUUGCAUAUGUCUCCAUCCAUGUUCUUUCCCUUUGCACUUGCUCCAAUAAAGUUUGACAUAGCUUGGCCCAUUUUGAUCGACCAGCUCACUUUUCUGAGGCUGGUUCUUCCGCUCCAGCGCAUUUGGUGCCUGUUCGAAGUCUACCACACCAUCCGCCUUGCCAAAAGCGGUCGCUUUCAGGGCCUCUUGCUGUGCACCUCCACGGGUGUUUUGCAAGAGGGGAAGGCCGGCACCGACGUCGCGGUGGCCGUGGCCAAGACGGCCAAGGAACUGGACACGCAGGCGGCACAGGCCACAGCAGAGGAGGAUCGACUGAUGAUCCACGGUCUCAUCGAGCAAAUGCCAGGGGGCUUUGAAACCAUGAACGCCUAUGUGCGUGAGACGAUUUGUCAUGCCUUGGAAGCUUCGCAUCAACAUUUCGAACGAACCUUCAGUGGUUUGGUGUGUGACUUGACUUCGCAUCCUUUGAAUCCUUUGCCUUCGCCUUCAUUGCCCACACUCCUCACUUCAGCGCCGCAAUGUAGCGAUCCAGGGAAAUCCAUGUAGGGCAGGUGCCAAUUUUCCAGAGCUGAGCUCAAUUAAAUUACAACAAGGAAUGCUUUACUUAGAUGUGAGGCCGCAUCAUCUAAAAUUUAAGGAAUGGUCUGAAAUGAUCGACCAACUGGGAGACCAUUCCAUGAGAUUGAUGCGGAAUCUAAUGAUUGAUAUGGAAUACGUCCACCCCCCCACAAGAGGAUUUGUGGACAAAAAAUCAUCAAUCGUAUUGAACCUGCAUUUGCAGAUCGCGAUAAUUAA